AUGCCUCGGGCCAAACGUCCUGCCGAACGAACCUCCAAAGUGACUCCGGGGAAACGUCUAUGCGAAAGUGAUACUAACAGCGAUAUACAAGUCCAUCAUGCAAAACGCCAACGUCGCGAUGACCUAGAGCUUGCCUCCGUUAAUGCUGAUCUAUUCCAAGUGCAAAUUCCUGCUAUUCUUCCACCUUCUACUCCACCUCGCAUUACCACCCAUCCCUCGCCAGUUCCCGAUCCUGUCACGCCUACGCCCGCUCGUCGAUAUGCAGACCGAAGACACCUCUGGCGGCCACCCAGUCCUACCGGUACUACACCUCCACGUACAGUCUCAGCUCGUGCUCUCCGGACUCCUACUUCUGCUCUGAUUACUUCCGUGCGAACCCCUGCUCCCUCUGCACCACCUCCCAUCGCAAUCGGUACCCCUGUCACCUCUGUACUCACAACUACCUCUGUUCUGUAUAAAAUCCACAAAGUGCCCCGCCAAAGCCAGACUCAAGUACUUUCGACACCCGCUGUUCAGGCUCCCUUCGUAGAUCAUGCAGGGUCAGCUUCUGUUUCCAUUCCGAGUCGGUGUUCCAUAGUCGGUGAAGCGACUCCGGUGACGAUGUCGAAACCGAGCCAUCUGCCUUGGAGUGAGCUUCCGGAAGUAACACGGCGCCGUCUGAACACUCGGUACAAUAGUCUGGUAACUCUAGGCUGGGACCAUUAUAGGCACCGCCUCUACGAUCACUUGGAAUGGCCUAGUUGGCCACAGUUUAUGGGCUUAUGGAGUUGUGAGAAGUCCGACUCUAUUCCGACCGAUGACAGGGUAUUUCGGUUCAUGUGGAAUGAUGUAGACUCUGUCACUCCGGACGGUCUCAUCUUCUAUGAGUUCUGUCAUCAGCGUGAGCAAUGA